GAAGAGGUUUCCCAGGUCCGGGGCUGCGAGUCUUGGAGCCUCGUCUCCGAGGACGGCCAGGACUUCGUCACAGGGCUGCUUACCGUGGAUCCAGACCAAAGGUAUGGCCUACUGCAGUGCAGUGAGCACGUCUGGCUCCGUGAGGUCGCGGCUAACACCUGCGCGAUGCCGGUGAGCACAGCCCCAGCGCUGAAGACUGGCACGGUGCGGGGUGACAAUGUAGGUGUGGUGGACACCAUCAUCGGCAGGGCUGCAGGAGGCGUGCACAGCCUUGAAAUGCAGCUUCGUGAUGGCACAGUACACGCACACGGGACGGAGGGUGGUGCGGUACCCACCACUUUCUCGUUGGAAGCAGACGAGCUGAUCGUCGGGGUCAUGCAGGACUUCUCCCUUACCGAACUGCUGGGGAGCGCUUUGGUCUUCUACACCAGCAAGGGCCGCAUCAUGGCCGUGCAGGGAACGGAGGCCCGAACCCGGCGUCGCUUCGUCGCCCCAGGGGGGCGGCAAAUCUCAGGUCUUCAGUUCGAUGGACAUCAGCUCGUUGGGAUUCAUCUCGAGAAAGUCACCUCCGAGAGCGUGGGAGCCAUAGAGCAGAUCUCUGGCCGUGUGGGCACGGCGGUGGACAUCUGCGAGUUCAAGCUGCGAGAUGGCACAGUCUGUACAUAUGGUGAUUCCGGCGGAGACAUCGUCCGAGGGCCGUGGAAACUGCAACGAGAGGAGUGGAUUUUCGUGGUGGAGCAAUUCUUCCGCGACCGUAAGCUGGGUGCCUCUCUGGCCUUCUAUACUACGGCGGGCAGGGUCUACAAGCUCUCAGGCAUGACUGCAGUGAGAUCACCUCGCUUUGCUGCCCCUUUCGGCGAGCAGGUAUGCGACCUGUGCUUCGAAAAUGGUAGACUGGUGAAGGUCCUGACCUGCUCCUGCAGGGGGUUUUCCGCAGGGCCAUGCAAGGAACAUGUGAUCGAGAUCUAG